AUGGCUGCCUUCCUUGCUGGUCUAUUGGCGACAGCCAUCUACAUUCUCCCUGUGUCCGCUCAACUGUCUGGUUCAGUUGGGCCGACCACAUCUUCAUCCGCCAAGGCAGCUGUGAAAGUAUGCAAUAUUAUGGACUAUGGCGGUAAAGCCAGUGCCACCGCCGAUAACGGUGCCGCGAUCCAAGCCGCGUGGGAUGCUUGCAAGACUGGUGGUCAGGUCUACAUUCCGGAAGGCGACUACGGUCUGGGCACUUGGGUGACCCUCAAGAACGGCGCGGGUGUUUCGAUCAACCUAGAAGGAACCAUUUAUCGAACUGGAACAGCCGGAGGCAACAUGAUCAUGAUCCGAGACAGCAAGGACUUGGAGUUCUACUCGGCAAACUCCAAGGGUGCCAUCCAGGGCUAUGGUUACGAGUUCCACAAGAGCAACACCUACGGGCCUCGUAUUCUGCGAUUCUACAAGUGCACCGACUUCUCCGUUCACGACAUUGCUCUUGUUGACUCGCCCGCUUUCCAUUUGUCUCUUGAUACUUGCACCAACGGCGAACUCUACAACAUGAUCGUCAGAGGUGGCAACCGUGGUGGUCUCGAUGGCAUCGACGUCUGGAGCACCAACAUUUGGGUUCACGACAUCGAGGUUACCAACAAGGAUGAGUGCGUAACGGUGAAGAGCCCUUCAGACCAUAUCUUGGUCGAACAGAUCCACUGCAACUGGUCCGGCGGUUGUGCUAUGGGAUCAUUGGGCUCGGGCGUCGCCGUUAGCAAUGUCGAAUAUAGAUCUGUCUAUACCCAUCACGCAAACCAGAUGUUUAUGAUCAAAUCUAACGGAGGAGACGGCAAGGUGUCCAAUCUGGCUUUCAAGGACUUUAUGGGCCACAGCAAUGCCUAUACCAUUGACCUGGAUACGGCAUGGAGCAGUAUGGAUCCGGUGGCUGGUGAUGGUAUUUCAUAUUCCAACAUCAGUUUCAGUGGGUGGACUGGAACUGCCUCCAACGGAGUCCAGCGUGGUCCCAUCAAGAUGAACUGCCCUGCCAAGGUUCCCUGCACGGACAUCACAGUCGAGGAUUUCUCUGUUUGGACCGAGACGGGCAACAAAGUUCUGUACGGUUGUCAGAACGCGUACGGAUCAGGUGCUUGCCUCAAUGAAGGCAGCUCCCACACUGCGUAUACCACUACUCAGACCAUCACCGCAUCUUCUGGUGGCUCCUACUCCACGAUGGCUUCUGAGCUUACUGCUGGACUCGGCUUGAGUACUUCGAUUCCCGUCCCAAACAUGCCAGCCUCCUUCUUCCCUGGUAAGCAGCCCAUCAGUGCCAUCCUUGGCGCUUCUGCAUCCGUCGGCAACAAGGCUGCGGAUGCGAUUAAGACGUCCAAUGUCGCGGCUGCUGCUUCCACACCUGCUACGAGCACUCAGUCAAGCCUUGCGUCCAUUGUCAAACCCGCUACUUCGAGUAGAACUUCUUCUCCAGUGGUCAAGGCCACACCGUUGUCGACGGCAGCAGGCACCCCAUCUUCCGUUAGCAAAGCUCCGAGCGUGCCAGCAGCUUCAUCCGCUGCAACUGCCAGCUCGUCUACCCGCUCCAGCUGCGGGAGAAAGCGCCCCCAGAGCCUCAGAAUGGCUUAA